GGGGAGGGGGUGAUAUUUACAUUUUAAUGCACAUCCUGGUGUUUGCAUUUCUAUAUUUUAGAUCAAAUAUUUUGGUAAAAAGGUGGACUUAAUCUCUUGUUCAAUUUUAAUUGUCUGAUUGAUGUUAUAUAAAUUAUUGCUAGAAAGGCAAAUGUGUGGGGAAAGCAUUAAUUUGUUUGCAUGGUACUAGUCGGGCUGGCAGCAUGUUUGGGUAGCAGUGUAUUGGUUGAGUGAGAAUGUGAAAUGAGCUCUGAGCUGAGAAAGGAGGGGCUUUUAGACUCAACAGCGCAGACUGAGAGGGACCGUGGAGAUGAGUAAGUAUGCGUCAGAAGGAGGGAGCAGAAUAUCAGUUCUGGACUCUGAGAGAGAGAGAGAAAAGGAUACCGACGGAUUAUUCUCUUGCUUUUUGGACUUUCCUCCUCUUCUCUUUUGUUUCGGAUUGCUUUACUUCCUUUAAACCUGUCCCCAUGCUAUUGAUCCCAUCUCUCCAGGCGGUCUUUGAUAUGCUGAUUCCAGAGUUUUUUCAGUCUUAGUUAGCCCCCCGUAUUAUCUGUCAUUCUAAACUGAUGGUGGGCUGUUCCUUCUUCAAUGUUUCCUUGUCACCGUCAUCUUCUCGUUUCUGCACAAUUAAUUUCUUUGUGGUAUUACAAUGCCAGUACUGGAGAGGCUCUGGGGUCCAGAUCUCAGGAUGCAGGACUCUGGUCUCGGUGUCGGGGUCUGUCCCGACGAGCCUCCUGGCUCACGAGUGUGGACUCCUCCUGUUACUUGUGCUGGCCUGUCGCUGGCCCUGGAACUUCCCACUCUGAUCCGUCAGCUCAGGGCAGCCUGGAGAACCCGCAGAGGAGACCCUCGGGGGCCGGAGAGAAGUGAAGGCAGGAGUUGGGUGGAAGAAGAACAGGAGGAGGUUGACGAGGUCAAAGAGAUCAAGCAGGUCACAGAAAACAGCAAUACACAUGUGGAAGCUGAUGGCAGGCUGAACGCCGGUCAUGCUGGUGUGUUGCUGGCUGAGAGACGAGGUUCUUACCCGCCGAUUGAUCUGCGGAUCCUGAAAACAAAUUCACGGCCAGGGGAGGUCGAGUCCGGCACAAGAAGAAAGCUGAAGCGUCUGUUAAGCUUCCAGAGAUACUGCCAUGCCUCCAGGUUGUUGAGGGGAUUAAUGCCUCACACUCCCGGGUCCCUGCACUUGCUGGAUGAUGACUACUUGGGACAGGCAGCUCACAUGCUCUCAAAAGUAGACACAUGGAACUUUGACAUUUUCCUCUUCGAUCGUCUUACAAAUGGUAACAGUCUUGUGACUCUGAUGUGCCAUCUCUUCAAUGUUUGUGGAUUGAUUCACCACUUCCAGCUGGACAUGGUUAAACUACACAGGUUUCUUGGAAUGGUGCAGGAAGAUUACCAUUCCCACAAUCCGUAUCAUAAUGCUGUUCAUGCUGCUGAUGUUACUCAAGCCAUGUACUGCUACAUAAAAGAGACUAAGCUGGCGGAGCAACUGACUCCUCUGGAUGUUUUCCUGGGUCUGAUGGCAGCAGCAGCUCAUGACGUGGAUCACCCUGGAGUCAACCAGCCUUUUCUCAUUAAAACCAGACACCACCUGGCAUCCCUCUACCAGAACACCUCUGUGCUGGAGAGCCACCACUGGAGAUCCACCGUGGGCAUGCUCCGAGAGUCUGGUCUGCUGAGCCAUCUGCCGGCUGACAUGUCGCAGGACAUAGAGCAGCAGCUGGGUUCUCUCAUCUUGGCUACAGACAUCAACAGACAAAACGAAUUCCUGAUAACUCUCCGAGAGCAUCUGGACAACCAGGAUAUGGACCUUCAGCUGGCCACACACAGGCAUUUCAUACUUCAGAUUGCCCUGAAAUGUGCUGAUGUGUGCAACCCAUGUCGGGAGUGGGAGCUGAGCAGGCAAUGGAGUGAGAGGGUGUGUGAGGAAUUUUAUAGGCAGGGUGACCUGGAAAGGAAAUUUGACUUGGAGAUCAGUCCUUUGUGUGACCAACAGACAGACUCUGUGCCAGCCAUCCAGAUUGGUUUUAUCUCCUACAUCGUGGAGCCUCUGUUUGAGGAGUGGCAGCGCUUCACUGAGCCCAGCAUGCUCAGCCAAAUAAUGAUGGGGCACCUGCACAAGAACAAGGCUUGCUGGAGCCGACUCAGAUACGUACACACACUUGCAGAAACAAAAACUCACCCCCAUGUCGAAGAGCCUGAGCCUGAAGGAGGACAAGAGGAGGCAGAGGACAUCCCAUAAUGUCUCUCUUGUUGCUCUGAUGGUUUUUAAUCUCCAGCAUACAUGGAGGGGAGACGUUUUAAUCCAAAUCCAUGUUUAUUCUCCAGCACGUUUGUUUCCACAGCUGGUUGCCCUUACAGUGAGAGCACUGGAAGGCAGUGUGGCCAGGAAACAAGAAGUAUAGCUCCCCCUGGUGGAGCUGUGGUUGAAUGUAGCAUUGCAGGAGAAACAGAAAUGGAAGUGGAUUUACUGAGGAGCAGAAUGAUCUUAGUAAGAAAAACAAAUGUGGACAUGCUUUUGUUUGUAACUUUGCGCUCAAAUAGAACUAAAAGGUUAACUAGUUAACAUGUGUUAACUGAGGGUUCAGAUGUGAAUUUUAACAUGGGUUUAGUUGGCAUAAUAGUGAUAAGAACAAUAAAAAUGAGACGUAUUUAAAAGCCAGCUGGACUUUGCUGAAAAAAUAUGACAGAAUAACAAUCUCCUCACAUCCUUUAUUGUUUUUAAAAUUUAAAAAUGCUUGCACUCUUGUACAAUGUUUUUUCAUGUCUUUAUCUCACUUGUCUACCUUUCACUGAAGUGCGUUUUUAACUCUUAGCUUUGAGUCGUUAUGUCGAGGUACUGUACACUUUAACAUCCAGCAUGUUCUCGGCGUAAGACUGACUCAGAUCAUCAAUUUAAAUAAUGACUCACACUAAAAGUGGCUUAGGUCAGUGUUGCCGGCUUGAUGUUUCAUUGUUGAGCUGAAUCAUCAACUUGAAGAGCCAAAUAAAAAAAAAAGGUUUAUCUUCAUAUUAUAAGUUGUAUAAACUGUAUAUACUGUGAUGAAUAACCUGAACACUUCACAUGCCAAAACCUUUUUAUCUCUGUACUCUGUAAGUCACUUGAAAAUGUAACUCUUCUCACUUUUCUCUAAAAGCCAACUGGAUUUAAUCACAGCCUCACUUUACAAGCUCAUACACAACAAAGCCUUAACAGCCGCUUGGUCUGUCAGUAAAAAAAAAAAAGGGUUUUCUGAUCAAUAUGUUUCAUAUUAAAGUUUCUGCCUCUUGUUCUUCAGCCAUAUCAGCACUGAAACACCGGCUCUGUACUGUAGCAUCUUGUUCCUGGUUGGUUUUUCACUCAGUAUCAGGGUCAGAUUUGGCAUCUCAGAACUGUGAAGUAUUGUCAAGGUGUUGGUGUACUUUUAUAACACAUUAGCUCUGCUAUGUAAGGCUUUUGUUUGAAAAAUGCUUCCAUCUUACUACACUUUGAGCAGGUCCUGUGUGCUGUAUUUCUUAGGUUGAUGAAGAAACACUGAUGUCUUUACUUAAAAUAUACAUUAGCGAGGGAUGUACUGAUUUAGGUUUUGUGUCCAAAUUCCAAUUUUUGUUUUUGUACAGCUCUGACAUAGCCGGUGCUGUACACCAUUCUGCUUUUAGCUAGUUUCCGUUUUUCAUUUAAUUAGAAUCUAAAAGUAUUCUAAAUGUUUUUUUGGCCUUUUAUCCUUGUGUAAAAAGCAUGAGUUAUUAUUAAACAGGGUUUACCUUUAUUUUAGUGCAAAAAGAAAUUAUAUGGAGUUCAAAUAUUAAGCUGUUUUUAGUACCCUAUAUUAGCAGCUAGAAUAGUUAGCAUUCGUAGCUGUGAAAGGCCUAGAGCAGUGCUUCUCAAACUUUAACUCCUCAGUAAAUGUUACGUUUUCCAAGUACCUCCAUCUUUAUCGAGAUGUAGUUGGACUUUUUAAGUUUGUUAUGUUAAACAAAAAAGGAUUAAUCACCUCGCUCUGGUAAAUAAUACAAUGCAAAACAGGUGAAAUUUCCAAGCUUUAUGCUUGGAGAAAAUUAACAAAAAUGACCAUUGAAGUUUGGAGUUUCUCACAUACCUUGACUUCAGAAUCCACUAUGGUUGUCUUGCACAUACAUCAUGUUCUUAGAUGCUGUAAAUACUGUUUAUUUUCACCUCUAAAAUGUGGUUAUUAGUUUCUAUUAGUAAUAAUACCUUGACUACUUGAUAUUCAUAUCAUAGUACUUAGAAAAUCCCAUUGGUUUUCAAAACUCAAAGUGGUGAAGUUUUGAAAACCAGUAUGGGCAAUAUGGUCUUAUAAUUGUCCAUUGCAAUAUGUGAUUAGAUUGACAUAUUAUUAUUUUAAGCAAUAUGGGCUUAAUUGCAUCACCAUAUUUUGUCAUAUUUAUUGCAACAACAUUAAAGGCCUUUCACUAGCUACACCAUCUACAUUAAGCAGGGCCACUAAACAGCGUGCAAGAAUUAUAAUAAUUCAUAUUUUAAAAUACUGAUAUUCACUGAUUCCCUAAUAGUUUAAGAAUAGCAAUUCCUAUCAUGUUGGGAUUGGGUUGGGAGUGUUUGCAGACAGCACCAGUUCAUAAAUCACAUUUCAUACUGCAAUAUUUUCCCCCACUAACAAUAAAUUAAAUGAUAAUAGGUGAUCCCUACUUGGAACUGGAACAUGUCUCUUGGGUUUAAUGUCAUUCCCAGAUUUACAUCUUGACUCCAGAGGUAAAGGGAACAUGAUCACCAGAGGUACUUUAGCUCCAGUUUGAGAACCAUUGCUCUAGAGAACAAUGUAGCCCAUUAUUUGCACUCUGAUAUUUACAAAGGGCUGCCAACAUUUAAGCAUGUUCAACUUUUCUGUAAUAUCUUCUUCCCUUCUGCCCAAACAAUCCCUGUUUGCAGACUUCUCCCUACAGAAAACAAAAAAUCAUGUUUUAAUGCUUCCUAUGCCUUUUGUGCUUUCUCUGAUAUUGUUUGGUACAUCUCAGUGUUACUGUACAUAGCUAACUAUCACUCUAUUUUUAAUAAGUAACAUAUUCCACACCAUAUUGUGAAUCCAAACACAAUAGUGUUUGUGCUGUGUUAUUAUUCUGUUUAUACUCCAAAGUAAUAUUUUCCAAGGUCCUGAUUGGAAAUACAACAAUAACACCACCUGAAGUUUGAAUUCCAACUUGGAAAAUCAGAGAUUUCUUUAAAGUUAUUGAGCUAAAAAUUCAAAUAAAGCUCUUUUGCAUAAAAAAACAGUUAAAGUUGUUGGGACACACUAUUUUUAGUAUUUCUGAUGGUUGGUAUCUACCAUCACUCAUAUCGCUAAUAUAAGCUGUAUAUUAGUGAUAUACAUAGAGAUGUGGAACCUCUAUUUGUAAACUUACCUUUAAUGUCGGAAAGCAUAAAAAUAUAAAUGUGUUGUUAUUGGAAAGUAUUGCUUCUAGUAAUUGGCUCUGCAAAAAAAAUUGCAAAUCCCACUGGUUUUCAGACAUGCAGGUAAAAUAUUCAAGUAUAGUUAGACAUUAUUUUGCCAUCUUAUUUCAAACCUAUGGGAUAAAUCAGACAGCAAUAGCUUUGGUCUGUUCAUUGACUGGGAAGCUAUCAGACUGUUGAGUUUCCAGAAGUCUAUCACUGUUCAAGCUAAAUAUCAUAUAGAAUCUGGUCACUAGCCAAUUCCUAUGUGCAACUGUAUUUAUUUGCUUCACUUAAUGUUAAAGUAUAUGCUACCUGUUACUAUAAACAUUGGCUAAAAAGAUAUUUAUGGGUAAUAUAUAUAUAAUGUCCAUGGAUGCACUGAGCCAUGUGAAGAUAAGGCUUUUGAUAGCAGGUCAUCCAGUAUUUGUAAAUACAAGUAUAGAAUAUAUGUAUGUUUACCUCCCUGCUUUAAAUAUUGUAUGACAGAGGUUGUUGAAUUUAAGAUUUGUUGCCAGCAGAAUAUGGUAUAAAAUUAUGGGCUUGACGAGAAAUGUUUGGUUAAAGUUAUACAAGCUGCAAUAUCUGCCCCAGUUAAGAGGUGCAGUGCAAUAACGUUAAACUCCUGUGUAUAGUUCUGGCUUGUAUACUUAUGUCGGUUAUAUAACUAUAUAUGUCUUUACAAUGGCACUCUGCUUGCUGUGCUAAGAUUUCCACUUUGUUCGAGCAGCACUGGUGCAAGGGGGAAGCACAGACAAAAAGGCCUCUGUAAACACUUGGCGGGGUUAAGUUGAUCAAAGAGCGCAGUUGCCUCUUUGAGCAGCAGAAAGUGACCCGAAACACUGUUUCAGUCCUGUUUUGAUUUUUACAGCUUCCAAACCUGAAAGCAGCUAUGAACCGGGAACAAAGUGACACAUCAGUUUCUGAAUAUGCUACCUAGCAAGUGCUCCAGAUUAUUCGCUAUGAGUCAUAUAUUUACUGUCAGUGCAGACCUGGUCCAGGCAACAAGCUUCAGGCUGCCUUGUUUUUGAAUACCUCUCAGAAUGAACACUGUUACAGGGUAACUGAGCCAUACUGGUUAUAUUCAGCAGGACUAACAUGUACUGUAUGUUUGCAUACAGGAGUAAUAUCAGCUUUACUAAAAUCAGCAUCUUAAUGUAUACCAGUAAAAUGUGCAAGUUUAGUGUGAAGCUGUAACAAUUUGUAAUUUGGUACCAUGAGAUAUUCAAAUACAUCUAUUUCUGUUAAGUUCUUGUAUUUCACUCUCUCCAAAAGAACAAAAAGGCUUUGCAAAAGUAUCCAUAUGUCCUAAACUUAAACAUAGUGUAAUGCUACAACUACUAACUUUAAUAUACUUAAUUGGGUUUUUUUUGUUAUAAAUCAGGACAAACCUCAAAGUGAUUGUGAGUGAGGUGAAGAUGAAAUGAUGUUUUCUUUAAUGUUUUUUACAAAUACAGAUUUGAAAAUUGUGGUGUAUUUGGCCCCAUCAGCCAAUAUUUUUAUAAACAGAAAUGUAUCUAGUUAUUACCCUUAUGAGGUAUCUCUGUACCAGCUGUGAACAACUGGAGACUGAAAUGCUUGCUCAUUAUUUGCAAAAUAGCUCAAGUUCAGAUUUUACAAGCAUUGUUUCCAAGUCUUUCCGUAAGUUCCCACAAAAUCAUGCUGCCACCAUCAUAGGAAUGGUGUGUGCAGAGGUAUUUGCAAUGUUUAGUUAAAAAUCUAAUUUUGUCUUAUCUAGCCAGAGCACCUUCUUCCAUAUUUAUGCUGUCUCCCCCAUGGUGUUGAGCAGACUUCAAACAGGAAAUUGUGCUUUCAACAGUGGCCUUCUGCUUCCCGCUCUUUAGUAUUAGGUAGGUAUCCUCUGAAGGCCAGUUGGUUGGAUUAUCUCUAAGGGUAUCAGAUUUAAGGGGGCUGAUUACAAUUGCACACCAUUUUUUUUAUAUAGUUAAAAAUCAUAGUUUCCCUCCCUUCCACUUCAGUUUUAUUCACUACUCUUUCUUGACCAGUCACAUAGAAUCCCAAUAAAAUAUAUUGAAAUUUGUGGUUGCAAUGUGACAAAAUGAGAAAUUCAAAGGGUAUGAAUACUGUUGCAAGGCACUGUGCAUUUUAUACACUGUUAAUUUGUAAGACGUUGACCUAAUGCUUUAAAUAAUGCAAUUCAAAGUUUGAUUUUCUUCAUUUUUUCGACUGUUUUCAUGUUAAAAAUAUACAAAGUUUUAAACGUUUUUAUAAACCUUGGGAUAUCUGCAGUAGAAGGACAUUGAUCGGUUUCAUUUUUUAGGAUUUCAAGUGUCUACUUUCUGGACUAACAUUUUGUGCAGCGUGUAAUCUUUCAAUAGAAGCCCUUGGUGUCAAAAAUGACUGUAAAAAUAUGUCAGGGUGGCUCACCUGAUGUCUCUGUAUACUUUUGGGCACUGUGAAUAAAACAAUAAAGUUUUUUUGUUUUUGAGGUAAUUAAGAUUUGUAUGGACUUGUUUGUGUUUACCAUCAAAAGUUUUAAAAGGAGGAAGUUGCUACAUUCAAAUGACCACUAGAUGGCAACAAAGCAAUUCUGGUGUGUAAGAGGCCUAUGCAAAAGGGAGACCCACCAUCCCGUAUGGAAAGGGGGAGAGGCGGGGGCUCUCCACAGGGCCGUGUUUAUAGUAUAAAUAGUUAGGUCACGUAUGAAUCAAAGUGAUGAUUUCUCUGAUGUAACAGUAGCUUGGGGCUGUAAAGUUUAUGUGUCAACAAGAAACUUUGGAGGCAAAGUUGUGAUCGGUUGUAGUUUACAGGUCAAACAAAAGAGAGGAUGAGGAUGAAUGAGUCACAAUGUUGACUCUAGAAAUUAAGAUACUCUCUGACCGCUAAUAAAAACUGAACUUCUCUGGUAAAACCUUCUGAUAAACAUAAGUGUCUCUUAAAUAAAGAGCAAGAGUAAAGCUACUUUUUUUAUACACAAGCGAAAGAAUGUAGGGUGGUGUUCUUUGCAGAUAAGUGUUGCAGCUAGCCUGUGUUUCCCUCAUUUGCAUGCCGUUGAUUUGCAAUGCAAAUCAGGCUUGUAGAUUGUGUAAGAUGUGGGGUCUGCUAAUAAAUCACAUUACACAGCGGUGGCUGACUUUUCUAAACUUUAUCUUGUUCAGAGUUUCAACCAGAAGCCUGUAUUAGAUGCUAAAACAAGACUUUCUCUGUUCUCUGGGAAAAUGUAUCCAGAAAAAUGUAUCACUCAUGACAAGAGACAAACAGUUACUUCCAACCGCAAGGACUUUAGGCAAUAUAACUUACAUUUUUUAUUGAUUUUAAGAUACCAAAGUUAUGGUUAUGACCUUAGUUGUCUCACUGGGGCAUGUCAUCAGGUGCCUAUUCAUGCUCCGUGUUCCACUCCCACUCACCCCCCAACCACACACACACACAAACACACGCCCAUACAAUUUAAGUAGAGUCAGUCAGCAUUCAUCCAGCAUGUGUCACUAUAAAUAUUGACACUGCAAACAAAGCCCCCUCUUUAGCCCCUUAAAUUACACUCAUUUAAACGCUCCCUUGGUAAAAACACGCGCGCUAUCAGACCACUGCACAGAUAAACAUCUACCUCCGAAUGUAACCCCUCAUCUAUAGCUGCGAGACGUGGGAUUCACACCCGACUUUAUAGAUGUACAUUUUUAAACCUAAAAAAAAAAGAAGAAAGAAAUGUCAACUGUAAUCUGUCUUGGCCCUGCAGCUCAAAGAUAAAGAGGGCUAUGUGCAGAAAGUGAAAAAUGAAACUUGUGGCAAUGAUGUACGGCUUCUUUCUCAGUUCACAUGUCUGGCUUCUGUGCUGUGCACCGAAAGGGUUAAUCUCCUCUUGUUAGUCAGCAUCCUCUUUUCUGUAUUUUUUGUUUUGCCCUUUGUCUUUCCAUUGUCUGGCACUUAAUCUCCUGCUUUGAAUAACUAAGAUUUAGUGGGAUCUUAAUUCAGUUAUCAACACCAUGGCAACAGCUGCUAGAACAGUGUUUGCUCAUCUGCCAGUAGCUCUUAGUUUAACAGAAAUAAGAAAUUACAGAAUGGGAUAAAGUUUCCACUUCGCGUUUCCCUCAACCACAGCCUCUAAGAUGCCACAUAUCAAUUUGUGGACCAGAUUAAUGAGCCUGUUUUCCCCAAACCAACUUCAUGCAACUCUUAUGAGCGUUAUUGUCGAGCUUUCUGUUUACCUUAAUAUCCCUGACAGGCCAUCAAAACUGUAGAAAUAUUUCAGCUCUGGACAAAUUAUUGUGCAUUAGAGCCACCAUUUAUUUCUGCUAUGAAAAUGUGUCCAAGCCAUUUCUCAAGACAAAAAGCCACUGAAGAAACUAAUCUAAUUUCUAAAUUCAAAAGCUUGUCAGAGAGAGGCCAAGACCCAAGAACUUGUAACUGUCCGAAAACAAGUCAUAGCAGUUUAGGCAAAGCUGUAUUAUGAGCCUUUACAGCCUUUAAUGACAUACUUUGCAUGGUGUGAAAAUUUACACAGGAAACAUAAGUAGAAGUUAGUGCACCACCAAUGGCCUUCCUACAUACUGAGUACACAGCAUGAAGAGUGGUGCAAAAAAAGAAAAAUGUUUAUUUAAAUUGUUAAUUUAAAUAAAGAAUGUUUUAUAUAUUUUUGCACUGCAUUGGUUUUAUGAAAACACCUUUUGUUUUCUUCUCAGUAUGUGUUUCAAACAGGAAGACCAUUGGUGGCACACAGCUCCCUACCUCGAUUUCCUUUAUAAAUAUUUGUCAGUUUAUGCAUAAAUAGUUAAGUAGAAUUUGAGACAGUCUUUUGUGGAUUUGUUCAAUGCUUUAAUGAAAUUCAGAAGUUUACAUACACUAAGAUUGCUGUAUCUUUAAACAAUUUGGGAACUCGGCGAUGAUGAUAACGACAUGGCUUAUUAAGAUUCUGACUUGUUAACUGACAACAUUAGAGUUAAAUGUUUCAAUUUGUAAAUCCACUAUCAUGUAAAUGAUCAAAUAAACUGCAAUUUAAGUGAGUGAGGGAAAAGGAACAUCAGCUCAAUGACGAAGCUGGGAAAUUAAAGCUUGUGGACAACAAAGUCAAUGUUUUUCUGUGGCCAUUACAAAUCGGUGCUCAAUUUAUGAAACCAACUAAAAAGGCUGUGUGCACAAUGCGGCCUACAAGCCUGACUCGGUUACACCAGUUCUGACAAGUUUCUGUAAAUCUCUGUAAACUUCUUCUUAACUUACUUUUCCUUUCAUCAUAUUAAAGCAAAUCUGUAAAAAUAUUCACUCUUGUUAUUUUGUCAUUAAGGAGAUGGAAAUAAUUCUGCUAAUCCUGACUGACUCAAAUCAGGAAAAUCACAGUCAUAUUUCUUCUGGCCAAAUCUUUUUAGACAGUGUAUGUAAAUAUCUGGUUUGACAGGGGAAGAGCGCAUAAAACACAAAAGGGUAGAUGCUAAUGCUAAUCUUGCGGCUGUGUAUGUGAUUCAUGCUCACAGUAACUAAAGCGUGCUCUAAUCCUGAUUACUUCUUAAAAAAGCAUCUCUUCUUUUUGAGCAUCUUUGCAGAAGGUGGUUUCCAUGCAGCACAUUGGUCGUAUCAUCAAAUGAUUAAAGUGUGCGCGUAGGGGGAGGAAAGGGUUAAUUUCUCAUGCAGUAUUAAGAUCUUCAACAUCAACACCCACACAUCAAGUGUAGAAGUUCACAUUAUAUACAUUACUAAAUAUGUACAUUAUUAAUAAAGGUAUUCCGGAAAAUAAAAGGGGGAUGGGAGGAAACAAUAUUUUGUGGCCCUAAUGUGAUGUUUUGUUUUUUGUUGCUGCUUAUGGGAUGAUAAACAACAUAGAGAUCUGCCCUGUAGAGACACACCUGCCAGAGUUCAUCUGUUCACCUUCAGUGUGUGGGAAUCAUGGCCAGUAGAGUGCUGUAUACGUCUCAUGCAACUACAGUUAUUUUCAUUUUAAUUUGGUGCAAGCAUAUGCUUACUGACGGAUUUGCUGACUGCUUCUGACAAUUUGCAUCUUCCAAAAUAUGUGCAAGCGUUUGUGGGCAGAUGAGAGCAAGAUAGAUGGCACAUAUUAACCUUUGUUUGGCAAAUUAAUACCUAACAGAGGUCAUGUUUUUUGUUUUUUUGUCACCGAAGCUGCUGCUGAAGUCUGUACACAGUGAAAGUUUCUUUCUGAUUUGUGUUACAAAAACGUAAUGGUUUAGGUAGGAUGUUAUGGUUUCCUGUCGAUUUCUGACGUGUUCUGAUCAGAUCUAUCCCAUGGUUUGAACUUUGGACCUUUGUGGUAUAACCUGCAACUACACAAAGGAGUCCUUUGGUGCACCUUUUGCAAUCACUUGUUCAUUUCUUUUAAUAUUAAAAGUAAAUACCUUCAAAAAGCUAAUUGGGAAAGUGGUCCUACUAGUGAGCUCAAAUAGUAUGUUCUUUUGUUAUUUAAAGUUUAUUUCUGCAAACAUUGUUAUGGACUUCUCUUUAGUGUUUUUCCAUUUCUACUCAGUAUUCCCUCCCUGGUUCACUGAGGAAACACGAGUAGCUUCCUGUAAAUCAUGUGCUUUCUUGUUGUAUCAAGUGCAGCUCAACCUGCUUGGCCUGUUCCUCCAGCUCAGCAUCAUUAGUCAAAACCAUAUUGCUAUCACCAUUACACGGAUACAGUCAUAUUGUUGCUCCUGUAAACACACGUUUUAGGUGUAGACUUAUCCAUGUGUGACUGUGUUUAUUUUGUCCAGAUUUGGGGGGCAUGUGUAAUGUUUGUUUGUGGUUUGCAUGGCAGGGUUUUAUGGUGGGAUUCUUUUUUGCGGUUUGUGAACCUCUAACCACCUGAAUACUAAAAAAAAAAAUCACUUUUUUUCAGGUCACACUAGAGAUGCUAUGUGUUUUAGCAGAGAGCUGUUUGCACAAAAGUAAUGAAUAUAUGUAUAUAAAUAAAAAAAACCAGCAACAAAUGUUUUGUGUCAUAGAUUAUCUUUCCAUCUGAAAGGAAACCCCAGAUAAACACAACAGCAGGAACUUAACAGAGGACACACAAAAAGGUUACCUUUAAUGGUAUUGAAUUCCAAGUAGACCAUGAAGAAAAGAUUUAUUUAAAAAAAAAGACUGCACAGUGACUACACAAAGCUCCUUUGUGCUUACUUUUAAAUGUAAAAACAAAAAUUGAUUGGUUUGAAGGUAACAAAGUUAUCUCAGCUUGUUACAUAGCAGCAUAAAUGUUGUCAAAAAUUAGAAUAAAGUUGCUCAACUAACAAAAAAACUCAGUGCAGUUAGCCACUGCCUUAGCUAGCAAUGUAGCACUGAAGUAAGAUACAUUAAAGGAGAAUAUUAUGUAAAAUCAACUUGCUUUCAGCUUCAUAUAAUUUUAUAAUAUUAUUUCCUCAUCAAAAACAUGCCUGAAGUGUCGUGUUGACUCAUUCAAUUUCACUGCUUUUUGAGUAUUAUCUUGACAUUUUGUGUCAAGAUUUUUAAAAGAUAGCUAAUUUGAUAGCUUUUUGGAAAGCUAUCAAAUUUAUUUUUGAAAUGUUCUGCUACUUCUAAAGACCUUAUCCGUUUGGUCCAUUCCAUGACCUUGCCAAUGACAGUUUGCUAUUUAAAAAAAUCUGACAAAAACAAGAGAAAGAAAUAAAAGAAAGCUUUUAGCAAAUGCCACUGUUUUAUUUAAUUUGUUUUGUUUGUGUCAGUAAUAUAUUAAGGGAGAAACUGGCAGAAGUUUAGCGACUCCCUCUUUUUAUUUAGCAAGCUAUCACUGUUGAAUUGAUAAGAAUUCCCUUCUCAGAUUUGAAACUCCUGCUUAAGAACUCAAAUUCAGCAUACCAGAACAGCAGUAAAAUAUGCUAUGAUUAAUUUAAGCAAGUCUAAGCAUGUUUAUUUGUUGGCUUGCUUAUGUAACUUGCCUCUUGCCUUCUUUACAUGUAAGUGUGUGCAUGCAUAGAUGUUUAUCUUGUGUGUCUUUGUGUUGCCCUAUGAUGGAGUGGUGACCUGUCUGUAGUGUAUAUACCCCACCUUUCACCCAUUGACCACUGAACAUGGGAAACCCCAUCACAAACCUGCAAGAAUUAAUAGGAUUUUAUUUGAUGGACACAGAAGCAGCCAAGAGGGCUAUGCUCUGGAGGAGAUUCAAAGAUCCACAAAUCAGAGAUUGUCUGUGCAACUGAGGAAGGACGCUGGCUGUUCUGUCAGCUCAGUGUGAGUGCUCUGCAGUCUGCUUUACUCAUUCUCUUGCUUCAAAUGCCCAGACGUUUGGACACCACACCUCUCCGCGCGCUUGUCAUUCUAGCUCUCUCUUCACAUGCCGGCCGGCAUGGUUGAUUUUAGACUACACAAUAUGUAAGGUGUACUACUUAAUUUAGGAAGCAAGAUAAGGAUGUGAUAUUUUUCUACCUCUCUGAAGGCAUGUUUCGCUCUGAAAAACAGACAAUCUGGAAGAACCUGCUUACUUCUGCUUAUGGCUAAUUUUCAGCUGCCAGUUUUCAAAUUUUACAAGUACAGCCUGUUAAUGCUGGAAAUAUGGAUCAAAUAAUAUGACUCAUGUAGGACUUAUUUGUCAUGGUAAAGGGUGUGCAGAUAAUGUAAUAGAAAGUGGAUCAUAAUGAACACAUUAUGUGUGGGUGUUUGAUAAGGAUUCUUCCUGUUUUCCAAGCAUGUUAUGUUUCAUUUUCACUGUCUUAGAAAUGAGAAUCACAACUGUCCAAUUGAAAGUCCUUAUGUAUAUAUAUAUAUAUAUGUAUAAAAUAUAUUACAUUUUACACUUUUAUUCAAGAAAAGUAAUGUCUAACUCUUUCUUUUGUUCAGAAACUGAUUUUUUUUCUCAUUAAUACAUGUGUAAACAAAUGUAAAACGAUCAUUAUAAUUCAAAGCACCAAAUAUUAUUACUUAAGAUGCAACAUCUUGUCUGAAAAGAAUGGAGGCGAAUAAAUCCAUACUAAAGG